CACACCUCCGUUUCUUCCUCUCCUGCCCGCAUACAUCACCGCCGAAUCGUCGCAUAUCGAUUGACUCAACGGCAGCAUGGCGAACGACCAGCCGCCAGACUCGUGGGAGGAUGAGCAUCUCGCCCAGCAGACGCAGCAGCAGAUGAACUUUCAGAGCAGUGCCGCGCCUGCACGCCCGAACACAUUCGUCCCCGGCGCAAACUCAUUCACACCAGGCGCACAAUCCUUCCAGCCAGCCCAGCAGUACCAGCAAUAUGGCUACGGCCAGCAAUAUGGACAAUACCAGCAGUAUGGACAAUAUCAACAGUACGGCUAUGCACAGGGCCAAGGCCAGACAUAUGCGCAGUACGGUCAGCAGGGUGGAAACUAUGGGAACAGCUCUCAACAAUACCCGCAACCAGCACAACAGCAGUCAUAUGUUCCUCCCCACCAGAGGCAACAGCAGCAGCAGACCCCCAUGAUCGCCAAGCGAGGCGAGGCACUUCCAUCAGGCAACCAGCAGCCUGCAGCGCCAAAGCCUGCAGCCUCAAAUGGCGCAGUGAAGACGCUCUCCCUGAGCGCUGCUGAUACUGGCGCUACAAAGCCGAAGGUCGAGAAGACUGGUGGCACCAAGGUCCUGUCUCUUGGCGGCACAUCUGCACCUCCCUCCACAGCCCAAGAGAAGGAGAAGCCGAAGGAGGCCAUCUCCAAAGAUGCACCUGCCGCAGGUAACAAAGUCGCAGCCGCCAAGGCUGUAGAGAAGACAGGCGAAUCUAGUGCAGCGGGCAGCGGCAGAGCUUCGCCAACUCCUUCUGGAUCUGGACGCUCAUCUCCAUCCCGGGCUGAGACCAAGGCUGAAGCUCGCCGGGCUGAUCUGGUUGCACAGGAACAAGCGAACGAGGUUGAUGAGGAGGAGCUCAAGGAGAUGUACGGAAAAGAGCACGUUAAUGUCAUCUUCUUGGGACAUGUUGAUGCAGGCAAGAGUACUUUGGGAGGAAGCAUUCUCUACGCAACUGGUAUGGUAGAUGAGAGAACUAUGGAGAAGUACAAACGGGACGCAAAAGAUCUUGGGCGAGAGUCAUGGUACUUGUCAUGGGCUCUGGACCAGACAAAGGAAGAACGAGCCAAGGGAAAGACAGUCGAGGUUGGUCGAGGAUUCUUUGAAACAGAAAAGCGACGGUACUCCAUCCUUGACGCACCUGGACACAAGACCUAUGUGCCAAACAUGGUGUCUGGUGCUUCGCAGGCAGACAUCGGAGUUCUUGUCAUUUCUGCUCGUAAGGGUGAGUACGAGACAGGGUUCGAGAAGGGUGGCCAGACUCGUGAGCACGCCAUGCUUGCAAAGACCCAAGGUGUGAACAAGCUAGUGAUUGCUGUCAACAAGAUGGAUGACCCCACCGUGAACUGGUCAGAGGAACGAUACAAGGAGUGCACGGCUAAAUUGAUCGCCUUCUUGAAGGGUCUUGGUUACAACCCCAAGACCGACCUUACCAUCAUGCCUAUCUCCGCACAGACCACAGUCGGAAUCAAGACACGAGUACCAAAGGAGACUGCACCAUGGUACGAUGGCCCAUCACUGUUGGAGUACCUCGACUCCAUGCAGCAGCUCGAACGGAAGCUCACUUCGCCAUUCAUGAUGCCCAUUGCCGCCAAGUAUCGAGAUCUUGGAACCAUGAUUGAAGGCAAGAUCGAAGCAGGUGUCAUCAAGAAGGAGAACAAAUACUUGAUGAUGCCAAACCGCGCCGAGAUCACCAUCUCCGCAUUGUACGGGGAGACUGAGGACGAAAUUCCACACGCUACUUGCGGUGACCAAGUCCGCAUUCGUAUCAAGGGAGCUGAAGAAGAAGACAUUCUGCCCGGAUUCGUGCUCUGCUCACCGAAACGCCCCGUACACUGCGUCAACCAAUUCGAAGCUCAAAUCAGAUUACUGGAGCUGAAGUCCAUCCUGUCGGCCGGCUUCAACUGCGUCCUGCACGUCCACUCCGCCACCGAAGAAGUCACCUUCGCAGCUCUGCUCCACAAGUUAGAGCCAAAAACCAACCGCAAGUCGAAGAAGCCUCCGGGCUUCGCUAAGCAGGGCAUGAACAUCAUCGCAAGACUACAGGUUACUGGUGCCGCUGGCGCCGUAUGUGUGGAACGAUUCGAAGACUACCCGCAGCUUGGACGAUUUACGCUGAGAGAUCAGGGUCAGACGAUUGCCAUCGGCAAGAUCACAAAGCUGAUCACGGAUGCAGCUGAGGCAGCUGAGGGUUCUAUCCAGAACACUGCGCCGUAAAUCAGGACACCUUGUGUCGCCAUAGGUGAAGACCAACGAAGUGAAAUGAUGGCACGGCGUGGGUCGAUGAAGAAACGGCCUGGGUGGAAGGAGGUCGUACUUAGCAUAGGUAUCUAUCAACAAUGAAUCUUAGAGUGGUCUCAAA